AUGUGGCUGUUUUGUUUCGGAUGGGUCCUCUGCUCUGCUUCGACCGAUAACAUAAAAGGCAAAGCCACCGCUCUGCUUUCGCCACAUCUGGGAAUUGUGGAGACCAGGGAUGGGACUAUCGCAGUUGCUUCAGCGUUUCCCGGUCAUCAGGAAGCGGUACAAGAUAGGGAUCACAAGUUCUUGUCGAAAGCGGUAGAAGAGGCUUACAAAGGAGUUGACUGUGGCCAUGGAGGCCCCUUUGGCGCGGUUGUCGUCCGCAACGACGAAGUAAUAGUUGGGUGCCAUAACAUGGUUUUGAACAACACCGAUCCAACUGCCCAUGCUGAAGUCACUGCAAUAAGAGAGGCUUGCAAAAAGCUUGGGAAGAUUGAGCUGUCGGAUUGCGAAAUGUACGCCUCAUGUGAGCCUUGCCCAAUGUGUUUUGGGGCUGUUCAUCUAUCCCGGAUCAAGAGGCUGGUGUACGGAGCCAAGGCGGAAGCUGCUAUUGCCAUUGGAUUCGACGACUUCAUCGCUGAUGCUCUGAGAGGAACCGGGUUCUACCAGAAGGCCAACAUGGAGAUCAAGCGAGCAGAUGGGAAUGGAGCCCUGCUUGCUGAACAAGUCUUUGAGAACACCAAGGAGAAAUUCCGAAUGUACUAA